GAGGCUGCGGAAAUUUGAUCAGCUGACUCUUUGCGCUGGCAUCGCAGAGGAAGGAGCACCGCGCAGAGCAUCGUUUCAUUUAAAAGACUCGGACUUGGACUCGAGCAGUGGAGACUUGAGACUCGACUUGGACUCAAGGAUGGACCUGUCGAAGCUGCCGCAGAUCCGCGAUGAGGACCGCGAGGGCCAGUUCGGAUUCGUCCACGGCGUGUCGGGGCCCGUGGUGACGGCCUCCAGCAUGGCGGGGGCUGCCAUGUAUGAGCUGGUGCGCGUGGGACACAGCGAGCUGGUGGGAGAGAUCAUCCGUCUGGAGGGAGACAUGGCCACUAUUCAGGUCUACGAGGAGACCUCGGGGGUGUCUGUGGGGGACCCUGUUCUCCGCACAGGGAAGCCCCUCUCUGUGGAGCUGGGCCCUGGCAUCAUGGGCUCCAUCUUUGACGGAAUUCAGCGCCCCCUGAAGGACAUUAAUGACCUCACACGCAGCAUCUACAUCCCGCGUGGGGUCAACAUCGGUGCCCUCAACAGGGACCUGAAGUGGGAGUUCUCCCCAAGCAAGAACCUGCGGGUGGGCAGUCACAUCACAGGUGGGGAUAUAUAUGGCAUGGUGUAUGAGAACUCUCUCAUCAAGCACAAGAUCAUGCUUCCCCCGCGGAACAGAGGCACCGUCACCUACGUGGCCCCUCCCGGGAACUAUGACGUGUCGGACGUGGUGCUGGAGCUGGAGUUCGAGGGGGUGAAGGAGAAGUUCACCAUGGUGCAAGUGUGGCCGGUGAGACAGGUGCGUCCCGUCACUGAGAAGCUGCCUGCCAACCACCCCCUGCUGACCGGACAGAGGGUGCUGGAUGCCCUGUUCCCGUGUGUCCAGGGUGGGACCACAGCUAUCCCAGGAGCCUUUGGGUGUGGUAAAACGGUGAUCUCUCAGUCCUUGUCCAAGUACUCCAACAGCGACGUGAUCAUCUACGUAGGCUGCGGAGAGCGCGGGAACGAGAUGUCUGAGGUGCUGCGAGAUUUCCCUGAGCUGACGAUGGAGGUAGACGGGAAGGAGGAGAGCAUCAUGAAGAGAACAGCGCUGGUGGCGAACACCUCCAACAUGCCUGUGGCUGCCCGAGAGGCCUCCAUCUACACAGGGAUCACUCUGUCCGAGUAUUUCCGGGACAUGGGCUACAACGUCAGCAUGAUGGCCGACUCCACCUCCCGCUGGGCCGAGGCCCUCAGGGAGAUUUCGGGGCGACUGGCUGAGAUGCCCGCAGACAGCGGGUAUCCUGCCUACCUGGGCGCUCGGCUGGCCUCCUUCUAUGAGCGGGCGGGGCGGGUGAAGUGCCUGGGGAACCCAGAGAGGGAGGGCAGCGUCAGCAUCGUGGGGGCCGUGUCGCCCCCCGGCGGAGACUUCUCUGACCCCGUGACCUCCGCCACGCUGGGCAUUGUGCAGGUGUUCUGGGGUCUGGAUAAGAAGCUGGCUCAGCGGAAACACUUUCCCUCGGUGAAUUGGCUGAUCAGCUACAGUAAGUACACACGCGCGCUGGACGAGUACUACGACAAGCACUUCCCCGAGUUCGUGCCGCUGCGCACCAAGGCCAAGGAGAUCCUGCAGGAGGAGGAGGACCUGGCCGAGAUCGUGCAGCUCGUGGGCAAGGCAUCGCUUGCAGAGACAGACAAGAUCACGCUGGAAGUGGCCAAACUGAUCAAAGACGACUUCCUGCAGCAGAAUGGCUACACACCUUAUGACAGGUUCUGUCCCUUCUAUAAGACGGUGGGCAUCCUGUCCAACAUGAUCGCGUUCUACGACCUGGCGCGGCACGCGGUGGAGACCACGGCCCAGAGCGACAACAAGAUCACCUGGGCCAUGAUCCGCGAGCACAUGGGCGAGAUCCUCUACAAGAUCAGCUCCAUGAAGUUCAAGGACCCUGUGAAGGAGGGUGAAGCUAAGAUCAAAGCAGACUACGCCCAGCUGCUGGAGGACAUGCAGAAUGCCUUCCGCAGCCUGGAGGACUGACCCCUGACUCCUGGCCCCUGGCCCCUGACCCCUGACCCCUUGCCCCUGGCCCCGCCCCACAGUCUUCCCCCUGCGUCCCUCCUUCUGCAGCACUGUUGCUGCAGCUCCACAUUCCACAGCUGUGUGUGUUUAUUUUCUGUAACUUUUAUCAUUAUUGCGGUACUGAGAGUCCUUCCUUCAUUGCCCCCGAGACAGGAGUCAAACACCACACCUCCCGAGACAGGAGUCAUACACCCCAGACAACAGAGGCAUUGGUCUGGCCCAGUGCAUGUGAGAUCCACCCCGUUCCACACACCCUUGCUCCUUUUGUGUAUCGCUGCCCCCCUCCAGGGCCCUCACUGUCUCCACAGUUCUAUGGAUGUACUUACUGUUGAGUUCCUUCCGUGAGGAAGAUUACAGAGUAGCGUUAGCAUCAGGGACAGAGCUGUGUAUUUAUGGCUGACAGGCCCUCCUGUCCUGUGUGUGUGAGAUGCUCUCUUCCCUGUGUCGUCCUGUGUUUGCUGUGAGUGUAAGAGCUCUCUCUUCUUUCAGUGGUUCAUGUGACGCUGUUCACGUCCCCAAGAAUAAAAUCCGUUUGAA